AAACAAUGAGUGCAAUAAACUUGAGAGAACCUUUCGAGAUAGAUCAAAAGAUUAUUGCAAUCGAAAAACAAAAUAACUUAUUUGAUAUUAAUGUUAGCAUUCCGGUAGAAAUUGGUUCAAAAAUAGAGAGCUCAAAAAUUCUUAAUAAAGUUAACGUUAAAACAAUCGAUGAAAAAACAAAUGAUUUGAUGAAUGAUGCCGAGUCUAUUAAAAGUGAUACGGAAAAAUCAAUUAAUGAGAAUGAUUCUGAGCUAGAAGAAAAGAUUCUUGUUACUUGCAAAGGAUCGGGCAUUUCUUUGGUUUCUGAUGAUGGUCGUCAGUUACGUAAUUGGACGAUUCCUACCCAAUGUUCUGUGAUUACUCCAGCAAAGUGUAUUAUAAAGUCUGGUAGAUGUUAUGUUUACGUUAUAAUUCACUCGGAUAAUAAUGUUACGGGAUCAGAUAAAGUUAUAUGGUUUUGGAAAGACAAGAAAAAGUCUUUGGAAAGUCCCCAGUCAACGAAAAAAAAGACUAGAGAAUUUGAAAAAGGGAUAUUUUCUCUGGAAUUAUCUUCUCUCCUUCCAAAAAAUAUCAUUUUGAUAAACAAAGAUGGUUCAUUGUUACUGGUUAAGACUAAUUUGAAACCUGUUGGUGAUAAUUUUAUUGGUGCUAAAACUAAAAAGAAAAAAAAUGAAAGACGUGUCAUCUGGUCAACCCUUUUUAAUUCUUCUGGUUCAUGUGUCCCUACAAACUUCUUACCGCAUCCAUCUUUGGUGGUCCUCACAAUUUCGAUGAAUAAGUCUGAGAAAAACAGUACAACUUUUACAUCUAAACAUCUUUUUCUAUCAUUCACGUGGAUUAAUUGUGAUAAAUUGUGUUGUGGACUUUUGGGUCACUACACACUUUCUGAUCAGGUGUCUAUUUCAUCUACAAGCAUUUCACAAACGACGAUACUAAGAUCGUGUCUAACCCAACCUCAAUAUGGAUAUACAGUUUCGUCGGGCGUGUUGAAAAUCUUUAUGAUCACUUUUAAUUUUAUCGAAUCCAAUGUUGAUAUAACGUUAUCCGAAAUUUGGAAAUUUGAAUUUGAUGGACUGAUACCGUUUACGGAAAAGCACUUUUCGACAAUACAAGGUGAACACGCAAUAGGGUUCGCUCCUAUUUCCGAUUCUUAUUUGGCUCUUGUUGGAAUGCAAAAAACUUCGACGUCAAUCAAUAAGGUUUUGACCAUAUGGGAUUUACGUUAUGGAACAUUACAAGCUGAGUGUGUACUUGGCACACUGAAGCAAGAAAACUCUACAGAUAUUGCAUCAUAUCCUUCUCUUUUUAAAUUUCAGCUUAUCGUUGUACCUGGUAGCAAUUUGAUAGUAUCCACACUAUCUGAAUCCUUAUCGAAUAAUCCUAAUACUUUUAAAUUAUCAACAUUCCUUUGUCGAUGUCAUUAUGAACCAAUGACGUUGCUACACGCAUUAAAUCGCAUGGAAGAUUCAUCAGCAUAUUUACAAUUGGGAAGUGGUUAUACUCGGGGUUUCGGAAUUACCAGAUUUGGUCUUGAUUUGGAUACAAAACCUAAAUCAAUUGAACAUGCUUCUGACGAAUUUUUAAAUGAUAUUGAAAAUAAUAUUAAAGAAUUACAAAAGGAAGAAUACAGAUUUCUAAAGUUCCUUUUGUUCAAAUCUCAUACGACUGAAAAUGUUAGAGAACGAUUUCAACUUUUUGUGAAACAAAAGGGCGUAGAAGCAUUUGAAUCUUUUUUGAAAAGACACGAUAUAGACAAAGAACAAUAUAAAAAAUAUCUUGAAAAUUGGAAGAGUAAUAAGAAAUUUUCUAAGAAAUCUAAAAGAAUGAAAGCUAUAAACAUUUAUGAAGAUGACAACGAUAAUCCUGAUAUUAAAGAUGAUGAUAAUUAUCAAAAAUUGCAAGAUUUAUGGAAAGAAUGGGAGGUAAAAACAUAUGAAUCAAGAAAAUACAUUCUUAAUCAAGAAAAAAUAUACGAAUAUCUUGAGUCAGGAGAAGCACAAAGGCCAGAAUUAUCAUAUUAUUUUAUUCAAACAGUAAUCGAAUAUUGUUUAUCUAAAAAUCCGGAUGGUACGCCAAAUUUGAAUUGCUGGGUACCAGAGGUCCUCCAAUACUUUAUUCAAUCAAAAAUGAUGUCAAACAAGUUUGUAAAGGGCGGGAUUAUCAAGGCUUUAAUAGAAAGGGAAACAUGGGACUUAAUUAAGUCGGCCCUUUACUUUAUGAAUGACAUUCCCGAAGAUGAUCUUGUAUAUCUACUCAAAUAUGCAAUCUCGAGUCAAACCAAAACAUUUUCAAUUGGAAGUAUACUUAGGUAUCUUAUUGCUGCCCCAAAAAAUGAUAAUAUGAUGAUAUGGAGUUUACGUCAAUUAACAGAAGACGAAGUGAUGACUGUGAUGAAAAUAUUAUAUGGAUGGGUCGAAAAAUACGAUCAGACAGAAUUCGUAAAAGAAGUUUUAUCAAAAAAACAAGAAUCACAACUAAAAAUGCAUGAAUGUAAUAACGUUGCAGAUAAUUUACCCGAGUUUCAUAAACUUUUAGAAUUUUUGACCUUAUUGUUAGAUGCACAUUUUACGACUCUUAUUAUGGAUUCAAAAAUACAUCCAUUAUUAUCUCGAUUGGCAAAUCGUAUUGCAUGUGAUGUAUUGAUAUAUGAAUCAUUAGAGUCAACGCGUGGUUGUCUUGAAUCAUACCAUAAAUAUUCGAAGAGAAAUAUUCUUAAAAAGACGGAGAAUGUAAGACGCGGGAAAUCACAAUCAUAUAUAAAGGAUGCAGACUUACCGGAAUAUUCAGUGGAAUUAUUUACAUUUGAUGGAGAUUAUAUCCUCGAUUCAAUUGAGGAUGAAAUACAAGUAGAAUCCGAUCGUAAAGCACGUGAUCUGGCAAUUAUAAGCCAUCGAGCUGACAAACGUACAACAAAAGAAAUCAAAAUGAAGCUUCUUGCAUCAUACAAUGAAAGAGAUACCUUACGUACACGAAAAAAAGUUGGUUCAUGGACAAUUGUACAUGAAUUAGUAAACGGAAUCUUAAAAGAAAAAGGUUCUAUACUAUAUUAUCAACAACCAGAUAUUAAUAUGCCUGAAGACUGUUCAGAACAUUAUUAUCAGCUUACAUUAAGUGAUAAUUUAUGGCUUCAACAAGCACGUGAUCAUGGUUCUUUCUGCUUCGGUAUUGAUGGCAAAUAUGAUCUAAAUAGUGACGGAGCACCAAUUUUAUCUCUUGUUGUUAAAGAUUGUGCAGGUUAUGGAACACCAAUUGCAUUUGGUGUAUCAAAUAAAGAGAACAGUCACAUGAUUCGACUUGCAGUAGAGGCAGUCCAGCGAAAUAUCCCUUGUAAUGAUAGUAAUUGUUUACACCAAUAUAAUUAUAUAGAUAUAUUAAAUGGCAAGGGUUUUAUGAGAAUUCGAAAUUGUGCACAAGUAUGGAGGCCAUAUGCAAUGAUUGAUAAGCACCGACCAACAAAACGAGGACUCCAACCUAUUUUACGUGGCUUAAUUUUAUGCUGGUUUCAUAUAAUGCAAACACUUGGUGAACAUCUUAAAAAUUUGAGAAUUGAUGAACGGUUUCGAUAUCCAAUUGCUAUAGCUUUUAAAGCUGUGGGUCGUAGUAAAACUAAAGAAGAAGCUUUAGAACUUG